AUGGCGGCAAGGCUAAGCGUUUUAGCUGGAACGAGGGAAAUGGGAUGGCGUGAAGCCAUAUUCGGCCUCACCAGCCGGUCACGAUUUGAGGCCCUCAGAAAAGCGUGGUCGAAAUCGAUUCAGGUCGGUUCACCUCCAGGGCCCACCAACAGCGUCAGCGAGCCGCCGAGAAAGAGCAAUCGCAAAGGCGCCUUUUCGCAUUUCGCACGGUCUCGACGCAACGACAUGGUAGCGGUGCUGUCUGUUCAGACUGCUUUCCGCCAUCUAGAAAAGUUAAUUACACAGCUUGCACGCAAGAAGACAAAAUGGAAAGCAACCAUGCUCUCAGCCCUUAGACACGCAAAACAAAAGCUGUCAGACUACUACAUGGAAACUGAUAAGGUCUUUGAUAAUAUCUAUGCUAUUGCUAUGAUUAUUGCUCCGUAUUAUAAACUCCAGUUCUUCACAGGGAAGGAUUAG